AUGAGGCUCGCAAUGGUCGAUUGCCGGAGCUUGAUCCAGUUUUGCCGAGCUUUUCACCCUCGCAAUUCUGCGGCGUCGUCCCGGACCAGGGCCCGCCGCUUCAGCACUAAUUCCUUGAACCCUUUCUCCGAUCAUCUAUGCAACCACUCUCCCCUGGCCGCCCUAGAUUUCAUCAUUCUCCUAUCAGUCCUCGCCUCCUUGGCCUUUCUCAUCUUCCCAUACUUCAAAUUAUUCUUGUGCGACCUAUUACCUAUUCUUUACGGUUUCCUCCUAAAUCUCGUCCUGGAUGAUCCCAUUCCUUACUUCAUCGGCUUUGUCUCGGUGCUGAUCGGCAUCGUUUUGGCAGUGGCCGUGGACGCCCGGCUCAGGAAGUGCGGCAAUCCUCACUGCAGGGGGCUGAGGCGGGCGGUGGAGUAUGAUAUUCAGUUGGAAACUGAAAAUUGCGUCAAGUACUCUCCAGCCCCUUCGGAGGACUAUGUGGACAACAAUGAGGCAGCCCUGCUCGAAUUGGGGCAGGAUCAGGAAGAAUUGGAAGCCGAGCUCAAGAAAAUGGCUCCGCCCAAUGGGAGGACUGUGCUGAUAUUCCGGGCCCCCUGCGGAUGCCCUGCCGGGAGGCUGGAGGUUUGGGGACCUAAAAAAGUUCGUAGGAUCAAAAAAUAA